AUGCAGACACUUGGUGCAAGGUCUGCUCAGCCUUGGGCGCAGACCCUCUCACUUGGUUGCAACCCCAGGGCGAGCGGGUCUGCAACCCCAGGGCGAGCGGGUCUGCAACCCGCGAGCCUGGGUGUGCAGACUCGCGAGGCAGGGUCUACACAUCUUGGUUGCCAUCUCAUUGCUGCUUCACCCUUACCCCCAUAUCCUUCAACUUUUGGUUAUUAUCUGUUCUUGGUUUAUUCUCCCCGUUCUUGGUUGCUGGAAUUUAUUUUCUACAGCUUUGCAGGUACUUUUAGUGAGAAGUUAACCAGAACAGUGAGGCAAUUCUCUCCGCAUUUAGCAGCAAAAAUGAGACCUCCUCUGACGCAAGUCCUUUUGUUUACUAUUGUUUUGUGCAGCAUCUGGUACUUCACUGUUUUAUUCACUCAAUUUCAAACUCAAACCUUGUGUGGUGAACCAAACACCAUUUUCUUACUGUUCUAUGGGCACUUGCCAUUGGACUUCUUGGUUCGUUUCUUACUCGUAUCUUUCACACUUUUUCUUCAAAAUUUCAUGUGCUCUUUGCAUAACACUCUCUCCCUCUCUCAGCCACUAUAUAUCCUGCAUGCAAGUUUUAGAACACCUAACCUGAAAGCACGUCUGAAAACAUUUCGUGAAGUUUGGUAA